GGCGUGAACGCCCGCGAUUGGCUGCGCGGAGGCGGGAGCCUUGAGCUUUUGCGGCGGCGAAGGGAACUCUGUCUACUCACGGUUCGUGUCUGGGCCAGCGGUUUCUGUCAGAUUUUCGCAGGUCACUGCUGCUCAAUAUGAGACGAUCUGCAGCACCAAGUCAGUUGCAGGGUAAUUCCUUCAAGAAACCAAAAUUUAUACCACCAGGAAUAAGUAAUCCACGUCUGAAUGAAGAGAUUAUAAAACCAAAGCCAGACAUAAAAUUAUUUGAGGGUGCUGCAAAUAAAAACACCUUUCUUGAGUCACAAAAUGAUCCAAGAAUAUGCAGUUUAAAUCUUCUGCCUACUGAAGAAAGUACUAGAGAAAUUAAUCACAGGGAUAACUGCAGUGGAAAAUACAGUUUUGAAGCAUCUGCUUUGGCAACAUUAGAUCCACCUCAUACAGUGCAAACUUGGAUGAGGAGGCACAGGCUGGUACCAGUUCACUACAGGUAAUGUUGGAUCACCAUCCUGUUGCUAUUACAGUGGAGGUGAAGCAAGAAGAAGACAUUAAACCACCUCCUCCACUGGUUUUAAAUUCUCAACAGAGUGAUAUUUUAGAGCAAAGAGAAGAACAUGAAUUAGUACAUGUUAUGGAAAGAUCCUUGUCGCCUUCGCUUUCCUCUGUUGAUAUGAGAAUGACAUCGUCUCCAUCUUCUAUUCCAAGGAGAGAUGAUUUUUAUCGCCAUGAGAAUGGAGAACACUUUAGGUCACUGUUAGGUUAUGAUCCUCAGAUCCUGCAAAUGUUGAAAGAGGAGCAUCAGAUAAUUUUAGAAAAUCAAAAAAACUUUGGAUUGUAUGUUCAGGAGAAGAGGGAUGGAUUGAAAAGAAGGCAGCAGCUAGAGGAAGAGCUACUAAGAGCAAAAAUUGAAGUGGAGAAGCUGAAAGCAAUUUGCUUACGGCAUGAUCUACCUGAAUAUAAUAGUCUGUAAGAUUUUUUUUCAGUCUUACAAUUUGAUAAUUUUAAUUUUGGCCAAAUUUCUUCAAUUUUGGAAUAUCCUGAAGCAAAAUACAUAUUCUUGAAAAAUGUUAUUAAUCUCUAUAAUGGAAAGGCAUUUUAAACAUGAUUUUCUAAUUAUUUAAUUUUCUUUUGAGACAUUAAAAUUUACGGAUCAGUUGGCA